AUUGUUCAUGAUGAAGCAGAGAACAUUAGCAGGUAAUGUGGCAGUGGCUGUGUUCAUCCUAGCCAUGUGGUCGAUCAUGGUGGCAUUUUUCUCAGCCAGUUGGUUGGUCAGCGAUUACAGGAUAUCUGGAGCGCAGUUUGACAGACUGGGUCUAUGGAUGCACUGCUUCCGAUCACUGCCUGAUCCUCAUGACGAUCAAAGGAGAUUUUUCAGUGGAUGUCGGUGGAUUUUUGAUCCCUUCACAACUGGAUAUCACCAGAUCAGGGGAUACCUCAUGCCCGGGUUCAUAGUGAUCACGCAGUUCUUCUUUCUGGUGGCCUUCCUUGGAGUUCUUGUCUCCUUCAUUCUUGUUCUGCUAUUUGUUCUCUGCUUCGGUCCAGGACAGAAACGGUUCUUGCAGCUUAUACGUCUCAUUGGGUUCAUACUGGUUGGUGCAG